UCCUCGAAAUGUUUGGACGCAAAAUGGAAACGUCUCAAGCCAGCGAUGGUCAAGCCUCUGAAAACCAAACUGGCGAUUCUUACUCUGUGUCGACGCGUCUCUCGGGCAUGUCCACCAUGAGUAACGGCCUUUGCUCCUUCAAUCCGACCUCGACGAAGGGCAAGUGGAUUUUUUUGAUCCAAACUGUAUUCCUGUCCUUCACACCGAUUUUGAUUCUCCUGGCCCAAAACUCAGUCAUGUUCACGGAGAUGAUUUACCGAAGGGAUAUGGUCUAUGCCAAGGACUCGUUGAUGGCAGAUGUGGGGUCUUUGGCUGAGCUCAUAAUUUCGCUUCAACGGGAAAGGUCCGAGGUGGCCUUGAGUCUCUACAUGAGCAGGAAAACGGCCGAUAAUAUGGAUCUCAACGCUAUUUUCUCACGAACCGACCAAGAUGUGGACGAGGUCCAAUGGCGGCCAUUUAGCUCGGACAAGAUCUUCUCGUCCAAGUUGAGGUUUCAGAUCAAAUUGGAUGAUUUCCGAGAGAUGUUUUCGAGAUCCACUUUGCAACGUCCCGCCUUGUCACCCAACGAGACGAGAAACGACAACAAUCCAUACAUCAACACGGUUUCGGAAGAUGACAUCCUCAAUUUCUACAGCCACGCCACUGGCACAUUAUUGAAUGCUCUGGAAUCGGACAUUGGCGAUGCCCAGAGCUCAAACAAUUGGCGCAUCAUUAUGGCGUACUUCAACUUGGUGAAAAUUCUCGAGAGCAUGGGCAUUGGUUUGGUCUAUGGGUUGAAAUUCUACAACGAGGGCAACCUGAACAUUGACGACAUGGUCUCCUAUGUCCGACAUUCCGCCUUGGUGGACGAAUAUUACAAGCAAGUGAAGGAACUCGUGGCCAAGGACAUUCAAUCGGUUUUGGAAGCCCUAUACGAGGGUGAUGGGUAUAACAUCGUAUCUUCUAGCUCUCGGGAGAUCCUGAGUAAUGAGGAGUCAGAUGAGGAUCACGAACGGGGCCAAUUGUACUUCGAAGGCUGCACGAAAUUCACGGACUCGUUGAUUCGAAUCCUCAAUAUGACCACAGACCAGAUCAAAGACAUUCGAGAGCAAGCUUUGUAUGACACGCUUUUGGCACAGGUUUGGGGCAUUUUCUUGCUCAUCGUCGUUUUGGCCAUUUCGCCCGUGCUCGUAGUGUUGGCCAAAAAUGCCAUAUUCACUAUUCAGGUUUUUGCACAAAGUGUUCAGAAAAAGGCAUUGGACAUGAAAAGACAGGAGCGUAAACGGAAUCGGUUAAUUUACAAGAUGUUGCCCAAAAUUGUGGUCGAGAAGCUGAGCUCAGGAAGUGACACAGCGGAGACAUUCGAAUCAGUUACUCUCUACUUCAGCACCGUGGCUGGAUUCUCGGAAAUUACCAACAGUUGCAAUGCCAUUCAGGUGGUUCAGUUCUUGAACACGCUCUACACUGUGAUGGACUCGAAGAUGGACGAUUUCGAUGUGUACAAAGUGGAAACCAUUUCCGAUAGUUACCUCGUGGCUUCGGGGCUACCUAAAAAAAAUGGCGAUAAACACGCCGUGGAGGUGUGCAACAUGGCUUUAACCUUAAGGAAUGCAGCAUCUUUGAUUGUGCGACCGGACAAACGACCGCAAACCAUUGAAAUCAAGGCUGGGAUUCACUCCGGCUGUAUUGUGGCGGGGGUUGUGGGUUCCAAAAUGCCGAGAUACUGCUUAUUUGGUGAUACCAUUAAUACCGCCUCUCGAAUGCAAAGCCGAUCUCUCCCUGGAAAGAUCCAAAUCAGUAUGGAGACGAAGAUGAUGUUGGACGUGGUGGGUGGAUUCAUCAUUGAGAACCGAGGGGCCAUCGAAGUGAAGGGAAAGGGAAUGCUUGAUACAUUUUGGCUCGUCUCUCACGAUAGUGGAGGUCAUAACCGCGCUUAAAGAGAGAACGAACCUCGUCGAAAAUCUCCAUUUGACGAAUGUAUAUCGUAAAUGAUAUUCUAUUUGUUCAAUCAUGCAUGCUAUACCUUUGUUUACGGUUCAGACAAGCCUCAAUGCCACAUUUCAUAUCCACUCUUUGUCGUCUUGAAGGCAGUACCUAUAUGGGGAAUAUUGUUUUAAAAAAAUGGUAAAUGUAACACAUUCCAAAUGUCACCAGAACGCUUUUUAUUGAAAGAGUUGAAGCAUAAUCAUUGAUAGCUUUUAUGAACGUAAAAGUGGUACUGAUGAAUUUGCAAUGGCUUGUCGACCGAAUCGCGAGGAAAAUGUGAAGAAGUUCUCAAUCGAUUCGAAGCAAUUUGGAGACUGAUUCCCAUUACAAAGUUUUCGAUUGCUUUCGUUUUCGCUCCCUCAUUCCUCGCAUCUAUCUCUUUUACUACGGGUUCCACGAUGCUGAGAUUGUGUUUGCCAACAUUUUCAUGCCUGCCAGGGCUAAACGAAGGACAUGAUUAUUAGUCUUAUUUUUCAUUUGAUGCUAGUACAUUCGAUUAUUCAGCGUCUUCUCUCCCCUCCUUCUUCCAUCUCUUUUCAUGUUCUUUCCACCUUGAUCUUUGAAUCUGAAUUUCCCAGUGUUUGUCAAUGUAUCUGAAUGUCAUUAUCCAAUCUUUCAAGAAGUAAUAGAUCGAGUCACGAAAU